AUGAUAGUUAUAUAUCUUUUACUUCAUUCAAUGAGCCUUUACAAUUUGGGAAGAAAAUGGGAAUUAAUUAUUAAACAUAAAUGUCCAACCAAAACAGACUAUAUUCGUUCACAUAUUGGGAAUGUUUUGAAUGUACUUUCUGCUUCUGUAAAUGCUUUUGUGUUUAUAGCCUUUACAAAUAGAAUGAGAGAUUAUAUUCGGGCUUUAAUAAGAAAAACGUCUCGAACAUUUUCAUCAAAUUUUGGUAGUAAUGAGCAACCACAGAAUGCAAGAAUUUUAGGGAAUAGAACUUCGCUUAUUUAA